ACCAUACGGUACGGACGUAGACUGAUAAUUUUUAAUUAGCCAGUUUAUAAUCAUAAAGCUAGCUAGCUAGAGCUCUAUUUAGACCUCAACCAGGAGCGAGUACUGACUGUGCAAGGACUGGAACACGCUACAGCACUGUGUCUGAUCUGCAUUUCACCCAUUGAGUUGUCAGCCAACUACAAUAGCUAUAGCUUCUUCUGGACCUUGUCUCUAACUAUAACUUUGCUGUUUUCAAAUAUCAGUACAAGUACGUAGCCAUGGUGAGUGUGUGUGAGGGUCAGCUGUGUAUGGCCAACAGUGAUGGACAGUCAACCAAACCCAACGAGUUGAGUUACAAGAGUGGAGACUUGGUUCUGAUACUCAGCCCACAACUGGAGGAUGGAGAACAUUGCCUCGGCUCCACGGCGGAUGGCACUAUUGGACAGUUCCCCCUCUCCUCUGUACGCAUGAGGGGCCCCAUUCCCAUGCUGCCCAUGUCCUGGUUCCAUUCCAGUAUCAGUAGACUAGAGGCAGAGAAACUAGUGGAUCGGAAUCAAGAUGGCCAGUUCCUGUUAAGAACCAGCCAAAACACGAAGGGUGUCUAUGCACUAGCCGUGAGCUACCAAGGCGAUGUGCAUCACUACCUGGUUGCUAUGGACUUCAAGACACGGCAAGUCACUCUCAACGGUCGGACCUGCUUUGACAACCUACCCACUCUAGUACAGCACUAUAAGAGGCCGUCACCUGACAUGUGCUGCCCGCUGCGUGUGCCUGUAGUGAGGAGAAGUGUUCUGGAGUUCUACAUCGAUCAAGAGGAACUGAAGAAAAACUGGGGUAUUCCCGGCUCAGAGUUGGAUAUGAUGGAGGAGAAUGAGACACUUGGACAGGGAGAGUUUGGGGAGGUCCGUAUCGCCAACUACAGGGGAACACAGGUGGCUGUCAAGUACAUCCACAACAGUAAGCAGAGUGCAGUCGCUGUGUCCAGCUUCCUCAAAGAGGCCACCAUCUUUACUCACCUUCGCCACAAGAACCUUGUACAGCUGGUGGGUGUGGUCUUCCAGGGCUCCACCAUACAGAGCAUUGUCAUGGAACUCAUGGGAAAAGGCUCUCUACAGAAGUACCUCAUUUCACGAGGGCGCUCAGUCGUGACUCAAGCCGAACUGCUCAGCUUUGCAAGGGACGUGUGUGAUGGGAUGGUUUAUGUGAGCUCCAAGGGUUACGUACACAGGGACGUUGCUGCUCGUAAUGUGCUCCUGAAUCGCAAUGGACAAGCCAAGAUCUCUGAUUUUGGUCUCCUGAGGAAAGCUGACGUCCAUGUGCCCCACGAAGGAGGGAAAUUCCCUGUCAAGUGGACUGCUCCUGAGGCCCUCAAAGAGAGCAAAUUCACUGUCAAGAGUGAUGUGUGGAGCUUUGGAGUGCUCCUGUGGGAGGUGUUCUCGUAUGGCCGCACCCCCUACCCCUCUAUACCUACAGACGAGGUCCUAGAGAUGCUAGAGGAUGAGAUCGUGAUGGACCCUCCAGAUAAUUGCCCCGAGGCCAUGUACUCGAUGAUGUGUGGCUGCUGGAAGAUAGAGCCGACUGAUCGUCCCUCCUUUCCCAAACUGCAACAGGCCCUCGCCAAGUCUGGAGGAGAUUCCCACACUCCAUUCGGUAGUCCACAACCAGUCAGGAAGAUCACUGCACCACCUGAUUUCGAAGUGGACGACCUAGUGAACAGCCCUGAGGCAGACAAGUCGUACCAAGAAGCCCCUCACAAGAGGAAGGUGACUCUCCUGCUCGGAAAUGUUCUCUUCGUGGGCCCGCAAGGAUCGGGGAAAACUAGUCUAAUAAGAAGCCUCACUGGAGAAGCAUUUCGACUCAUGGAACCUCUCUCGUCUUCCAUAGCCAUUGACGAUGGUUACCAUGCCAUCAGUGACUCACUGAAUUGGUCCAGUACGACUGCUGGACUUAUGUACGAAGAUGAACUUGUCAAAAUCAUUGUUGAAGACUUGCUCAAACAUGCUUUCUCACACCCUCCAACUGGACAAUCAGAGCCCAGACCACUCCCCCCCAUAGCCAUCACCCCGGACUGCAUCCCACCCCCUCUACCACCGAGGAGAGUACAAAGUUUCUCUGAGGCUCACGGUCGGUCCACUCUCUCCUCUUCCACCGAGCUAGCCAGUCGCAGACUAUCCGGGAGUUACGAAACAAUAGAUGUUGUUGCUUCUAACUCCGGACAUUGUCAGCAACCCCUUGCCAAUAACGAAGGAAAAGGCAGCUCAAAACUGAAUGGCUUGCCACGAAACAAUCGCAAACAUCUUCUUGGGAAGCUAUCGUCCAGUUUCCGUGCCAAAGGUCACGCUGCUCGUACGGAUGUUCGACGUACUCAUUCUGAUACGUACCGUCGAGAACAACUUGUUGACCUCCCCACGCCUGACGUGCCCCCUCCUCCAUACGAGUCCUCGAUCCCUGAACAGCUGAUAGAAAAGAUCAAGAGUAGCCUAAAAGCCAGCGCUGAGGGAACACUCCCAACCAAGCACUUUGGGAAGAUCAUUGAUACUCCAGGUCACCCUGCCUUCCAGCCACUCAAGCAGCUCUUCAUCACUGACACGUCACUGUGCGUACUCACAUUAGAUGCUUCUCGAGACAUUAUGGCUCCGCUUUCUCCAAGUAUGCAGCGUAAAGAACAGAAGACCUUCUCCAACGGUCACCAUAGCAACAUGGCCUCGUACUACCACCCCUCAGGCUCCAAAUACCCGAAAUUUUCCUAUCUUGGUCAUGUAAUGAUGGAAAUUGGUGAUAUUUGCUUGCAAUGGUCGCACAGUCAGGCUGAUAUGACUUUGUGCGGAUCUCGUAUAAUCGUCGUGGCCACUCACUCGGAUAAAGUACCCUCGUCCAUUAGCCAUCGCAACUUUGAGCUACUCCAAGACGCUGUCAGAGCGUCCCCUUAUCGGAAGUAUGUCUCGCUACUCAAGUUUAUUGUGAGUAGCUCCUCUAUUAUUGAGCGGUCUAGUACAGACGAUCUGAAGCACUAUGUUAUGGAGCUGGUAAAGAAGGCGUGUCGACAGCAGGUCCCGUUAAAAUGGCUGAGGUGUGUUCGAAGGUUCCAGGGCUUCUCAAAGAAAGGAUCGUAUUUUGUAAGUCUAAGCGAAGCAAGAAAAAUUAUCUCUCAAAUCUGUGACAUCACCGAUGAGGAUGAAAUUUCGAGAGUGGUUCGUUUUCUCCACGAUAAUCUUGUGAUACAGCAUUUCCACCGACUUCACCACCUGAAGGAGUUGGUCAUCACUGAUCCGAGUUGGUUUGCCAGCAAAAUCAGUCAGAUUUUCAGUGCUUCGUUUGUCGAUUUAACAGCUGAAGGUGCCGCCAGCGAGCUGCUAGCAGAUCAGGAGUUACUGCGUAGCAAGGGAGUGCUCACGAGUAAACUACUGAGCUUUGUCUGGAGAGAGAAAAACAGUCGCAAUCGAACUGAAGAGCUGUUGACAAUCAUGUAUAAGAUGGACUUACUUUGCCGUAUGACAACGGACUCUCAUCCCCUCCCCCCCACCACUUCCAUCAAGGAUCUGACUAACGACAAAGGCCCCAAGACGCGAGGCAGUGCAGUGUCAACAGUGGUUAUCCCCGGGCUAGUGGAGGAAAGGAAGCCAUCACACCUUACAUCUCUGCCAUCGUUUAACAUUGAGCCUAUCAUCUUUCGUUUCAAGGCAGACCACAUACCAAGUGGCCUAUUCUCCAGACUGCUAGUGCGUUGCGUUCAAUCUUAUCCGCACAACUACUCGAUCUUCACCAACGGAGCUACAUUUGAAGUGGACCCCACCUGCCUUCUCAUGAUCUCCUUGGAGACAGAUCAUUUCAAAGUGAGUCUGCACAAGAUACGAGACUCAACUGUGUCAGAAUCGCUACCUUCCAGUAUGGACGUAACUGAUCUAGACAGUCUACUGAACGACCCCAACACUCCCAACCCAGACACUUGUCUCGCUGUGCUUAUGUUUGUACGAGCUACACUCACCGACCUUGUACAGCAAUGGACUCCACAAUUGGACUUUGACCUCUGUGUGUCAUGUGAUUGCCCCGCCUACAUUGAAGAAGAUGUCGAUCACGCUGACGGAUCAUCAUCACCUGAUGGCACUUCAUCACGCAAAAUAAGCACUUGCAGUACUGGAAGCAAUCGCCCUAAAAGCCCUGGAGAACGACAUUAUAUUAUUCUGAACGACGUUGAGAGUUUAUCUGAGUCUGCAGUCAAGUGUGAGCUUGGUACGGCUGUUCCAUCAUCCGUCUCACUCUCGUGCUGGUAUGGAGAGGUGUUCUCCGAUAUAAUGGCUACCACACCCACUGAUGAUCUGGAGGACCUCAUUACGGACUCUGAUCUCUCCCUGGUGGUGCAUGUGUUGGGCAAGUCCUGGCAGGAGCUCGGACAAACCCUCGGGUUCACUCGUAAAGAGCUACAGAGAUUCUCCCUCUCCUCUGACUCGAUGGCUCAGGCUGGAGAGAAGAUGUUGAGAAAAUGGCAAACUAUGCAUACAAGGACGGCUACUUUCUUUGGACUGUUAGGAGCACUGGAGAUUGUGCAGCGACGGGACAUUGCCGAUGAACUAGUGGCCGCUAGAAUGGAGGAUGAUGGCAUUUCAUUGUAGCUAUGGAAUUAUUGUUUUUGUUGUGUGUGCAUUCAUAAUUUGUGUAUGUUCGUUGUAUUUAAUGAUUUUCGUGUUAUUUGGCAGUGUAUAGUCUGUUACAUUUGAUUAUUUCGUGUUAUUUGGCAA